GCAAACAGCGCUGAAUGCGUGUUAAAUCUAUCCGCUAAAUAUUUUGUUGAUAAAAGGGCUUUAAGCGGUAGUAUUGUAAUAGUAAGUGUCAAUUCCAAUGCAUCAGCCGACGAAAGCCAGUUAUUAAAAACUAUGCAUAAAGUAUCCGAACCAUACGUGAUGCCUCCUGAAAGGAAAGUUUUGAAUACAAUGUGGGACGAUGCUUAUGAAUUUCAAAAAGGCGGAGAGAUUAAUCUUGUGAAGAUUGUAAGUGAAUUCACAAACAUGAGCCUUGUUAUUCGAAUGUCAGAGAAACAGGAAAAUUGGGGUGAGAUAUACGCAAACGGCACAGUGACUGGCGGAUACGGUGCGUUACUAAACGACUCAGUGGAUCUCCUAUUCGGUAAUAUAGAAGUAACAAGAACUGCACGUAAAUUAUUUCAUCCCACGGUAAGUUAUACUCAAGACGAGAUGACGUGGUGUGUGCCCAAAGCGAAACAGGCUGCGACUUGGGACAAUUUAUUUAUAAUUUUUCAAUGGUCUACGUGGGUUGCAACGUUAAUGAGUGUUUUAGUAAUGGGUUUAAUUUUCCAUUUCUUGUAUUAUAGAGAAAAUAAUCGGGCGAUACCGAUAUGGCCAACGAACUCAAUUUUAAUGACGUUUAGUAUGCUGCUUGGGUGGGGAGCUAAAUUUGAUCCGAAAACGUCAGUGUUUCGCAUACUGAUUUUCGUUUGGCUAUGCUUUAGUUUAAACAUGGGUAUAUCGUACGAAUCAUUUCUAAGAAGCUUUCUAAUGCACCCACGAUUCGAAAAGCAGAUAAGCAGCGAAUCGGAUCUUAUUCAGUCUAGAAUUCCUUUGGGAGGCAGGGAGAUUUACCGAUCCUAUUUUGAGACUAAUAACGCAAGCUCGUUUUAUUUAUAUCGCAAAUAUAACUCGACAACGUUCUCAGAGGGGAUAAGAGGAGCGGCUCUAGAUAGGAAUUUCGCCGUUGUUUCAUCGAAGAGGCAAGCCAAAUACAUAGAUCAGAAAUUAGGUAAAGGUGCGCCGUUGAUUUACUGCUUUCCCGAGAGCAAUAACCUUUACAAGUACGGUGUUGUUUUACUCGCUAGGAAAUGGUUCCCCAUGUUGGAAAGGUUUAAUAAUAUUAUACGAAGUGUUUCGGAAAAUGGUCUAAUAGAUAAAUGGAACAAAGAACUGUUUAUUCACAGCAUCAGAUCGGAUGGAACUAGCGCUAUACUCCCGUUAGGUAUUCAGCACUUGCUUGGGGCUUUUAUGCUGAUUGGAAUCUUGUACACUCUUAGUAUAAUGGUAUUUAUAGCUGAAGUAGUUUUAGGUUAUCUCAAGAAGAAAAAGGAAUACGAGAAAUGUAAUGCAAAAAUCCGUAAACAAAAGCCAACUGUUUAG